GCUCGUCGAAGCGGCUGUCGGACGGUCGCCUCUCAGCGAGCCUGCGUACGAUGUAGCGGCCAUAUUUGUUCUUAUUAUAAUAGCGUGCGCAUAUUUUAAUGUAUUUUGAAGGACAUUUAGGCAAUUUCCACGAUGACUAUAAUUGUAUUUUUAAUAGAUACAUCUGCUUCUAUGAAUCAAAGAGCUUAUUUGGGCGGACGCCCAACAUUACUCGAUGUAGCCAAGGGCGCCGUGGAAACGUUCGUAAAGGUGCGUCAACGUUCCCCCGAAAGCAGAGGCGACAGGUAUAUGCUUUUAACUUUCGAAGAGCCACCCGCGAACAUCAAGGCUGGUUGGAAAGAGAAUCUGGCUACAUUUAUAAAUGAAUUAAAAAAUCUACAAUGUUUGGGUCUUACAACUAUGGGUGCUGCCUUGAAACAUGCAUUUGAUGUUUUGAAUAUUAACCGUAUGCAGACUGGCAUUGACACAUAUGGCCAAGGCAGAUGCCCUUUCUACCUUGAGCCAUCAGUUAUAGUAGUAAUCACAGAUGGUGGCAAAUUGUCAAGCAAUGCUGGCAUUCAGGAAGAGUUCAACUUGCCCAUGAAUUGCCCUAUUCCCGGAUCGGAGUUAACCCGGGAACCGUUUCGGUGGGAUCAGCGUCUGUUCUCCCUUGUUUUGAGACUGGCCGGCACUCCGGCCGUAGAACGGGACACCGGCCUCGUGCCCUCCGAUACGUCACCAAUAGACGCCAUGUGCGAAGUUACCGGAGGUCGUUCAUACUGCAUCACGUCGCACCGUAUGUUGAUGCAGUGCAUCGACAGCUUAGUGCAGAAAGUGCAGAGCGGCGUCGUUAUCAACUUUGAGAAGAUCGGACCGGAUCCGCCUCCGAUCGACGGCGCCGCCGGCCGAGACGACCAGGACGAGGUGAAUCACGACACCGAAAAGGAAGUGGACGCCGACGCCGACAGAAACGGGCGUUGGAACGGUGGCUCGUAUCAGACCAGCGCGAAUCAGAACCAGAGUGGCGGCGCACCGCAGGCUUGGCACUCGUGUCGUCGACUCAUCUAUGUGCCGCGGACCGUCGCCCAGAAAGGUUUCGCUGUAGGCUUCUGGCCAAUACCGGAGUCGUUCAGAUCGGAUCCUAAUGCACCCACUUUGCCACCUCGUUCAGCUCAUCCAGUUGUGAAGUUCACAUGUUCAAGCCAGGAGCCCAUGGUCAUCGACAAUCUUCCCUUUGAUAAGUACGAACUCGAGCCCAGUCCGUUGACACAAUUCAUACUCGCCAGAAAGCAACCAACAAUUUGUUGGCAGGUGUUCGUGGCAAAUAGCGGGUGUAAAACCUCAGAAAUGAAUCAACCGUUUGGUUACUUAAAAGCGUCAACGAACUUAACUUGUGUGAAUCUGUUCGUACUACCCUACAACUACCCGAUGCUAUUGCCGUUGCUCGACGAUUUGUUCAAAGUACAUCGCUGCAAACCCACGCCCGAGUGGAAAAUGGCCUUCCAACACUAUUUGGAUCGCAUGCCGGCCUACUAUGUUGCGCCUCUACGAAGAGCCUUAACGAAAAUGGGAGCAUCACCACAGCUGCUUCAGAGCAUCAUACCCGACACUCAGGAUAAUUCUCUGAGUUUUUCCGUUCUGAACUAUUUGAAAAGACUGAAGAAUCAAGCGAAGAUCGAAUUUGAAAAGCUCUGCGCUGAUGUUAUUAAUAAAGCCAAUAGUAACAAUCAAAAAGGAGCUGAAAGUGUUCGAGUAAUGCCACGGUCGCCUCUCAAGAAAGACCUCACGACCCACCCGUGCCUUCAAGAUAAAUUUUCCGCCUUACGUGAUCAACUUAAUGAGUUCGGCGGCUUCGUGGUAGGACUCUCGCGGGGUCGCCAUAAAAGCGGAGCCCACACAUACCGUAAUCCAUUCGAUAUACAACGGAGAGAUCUGUUGGAUCAAGUGGUCCGAAUGCGAGCCAAUUUCCUGCAGCCCUCUCUCGCCCACACUCGUCUGUUAGACGAAGACAGCGCGCACUCCAUGCCGGUCGCGCAGAUGGGCAACUACCAGGAGUAUUUGAAGCGGAUGACGCCGCAGCUACGAGAGAUCGAAUCUCAGCCAGUUCGCCAGCACAUGUUCGGAAAUCCAUUCAAGAUUGACAAACGCAUGAUGGUAGACGAAGCGGACAUCGACCCCGUGGGGGGCGCGGUGCGAGGCGGGGCGGGGGGCGGGGCGGGCGGCAAGCGCGGUUCCGACCUCCCGCGGAUCACCCCACCUAAACGCAAGGCGGGACCUCUCCCGCAGCACGUGGUGGCGCGUCGUCCCUCCUCGUCCCCAGCCCCGCCGCUGUCCCCGCCCGCGGUCCCCCUGUCCGUCUCCCCGCAGCCGGCGCCGCUCGCGAUUAGACGUCCGACAUCACCACUAACGCCUUUGCCAUCCGACUUGCCAUCGGGACGACCACCCGAGGAGCCUCCAAACUUGGACUCGGGCGGGUCGGUGUGCGCGGCGCCGUGUCCGCCCGCGCCCCCCCUCGCGCCGCCCGCCAACCUGCCGCCCGUCGUCAAACCAUUCCUCAAUGGCGACGCAUACAGUAGUCCGUGCAAGGCUCCGCGGUCGCCGUCCCCGCCCAACGAGACGCGUUUGGACUCGCAAGAACUUCAGAUCAACGCGAUCCUGCAGGGGCUCGCCGCUCAGAACGACGCUCAGAACUCACGAGCGAAGAAAUGGAAACGGAAAAGCGAGAGAUUGGCAGCCCAGCCGCCCGCAGUGCCUCAACCUUCGCGGAAGGAGUUAGCCGACAUACGUCGACACAACCUCGACGUGAGGGCGCAGGUGUACCGCGCCGUUAGACGACCCGGAAGAGAUUUCACUAAACUGUUUGAGCACUUAAAACAAUUGCAAGGUACUGUGGACAUUAAAAAGGAAGUGUUACGUGAUGUGAUUAACGAAUCCUUAAGGUUUAAAAGGAAGGCUCUAGCGAAAUUACUGGAAGACUUCUUGGCCGGAUUAGAGAAGAACGGAAGCAGCGCUUCCGGUACAAUCAAGCGUUUGAACAACAGUGCGGUUUACAACAGUGGUGCGAAUCAUAGCUAGUGACGACAAAAAGUCGUGUGGACGUUCCAUUAACGCGCCCUCGACGUACACUAAUAGUCUGCUUAGAACGUUUGGAGCUCAAACAUGAUUAAAAGAAUGAAACUGCUUUUGUUGCGGAACAUUACCGUCGUCCUCGAUUAAUUAA